CACACCCAAACCCUUCCGGCAGCUGGUCUUCAUCUAGGCCACAUCCGUGAAAUAUGUCUCUGGCAGUUACGAUCCGUGUGAAAUGACCUGUCGACAAAGCUUUCGGUGAUUAUCAUUGCCUCCCCUAGCAGGAGUGUACUAUGAUUACAUGUUGAGUGUGUGUGUGUAUCCAUACAGUACAAUGUGGGGUUUUUCAUACCAAGGCUCAUGGCCCGACGUACGAAGAUUUGCUAGCUGCUAGUUGCUAUCCCGAAAGUAUGAGAGCAGAAAUACGGGAGUAUCCCGUACGUGGAUGAAACCAAAGUGUCAGGAUGAGGCAAGCCCCAAAAGCAUCGCAAUGGGAAAUAUGUGCUACUGCACCAUGUGACUCCCGAGAGGCUUUGCUCCAGGACAGGGGUACGGUCGGUGGGCGGUUGAGAAAGGCUCUGUCUGACGGACUGUGACCUGGGGCCAGGUUACAGCUCCGGACUGAAUCUUGUUCAGGAUCCGCAACUGCAGGUGCCCUGCGCUCUGCCGAUGAGCAGGAGCUGAAGGACCCAUGACAGUGAUCCGAGAAGAAUGAAGGUGCGAGCGAGCGAGCUUUGUGCCAAGAAAUGCGACAAAUCAGAAUCCGGUGGCGUAAAUGGUAGCGUAACAAGGCCUCCGCUCCCACUCCGGGGAAAGUGACGACCGAUCGAUGGUGGAAAACCGGAGCAAGAUCUUACCUUUUUGCCAGACAAGGCCGAUGCCCUCCGUACAUGUAUGGACGCAGUGGCCUGCGUAAAGGGAGGGCUGAUUCUAUGCCGCAGGAUGGAGUUAAUUUUGGAAGCUUUUUGGUUGUGCGACAAGGAGUGGGGGCUUGGAGUGCGAGAUCAAAGUCUGGAAGCACGAACUGAGCCCAAAGCAGAGAGUCGCUGGGUUCCGAAGUCCCUUGAGGAAUUCGGUAUUUCUGGGCUCGAGAUCUAAAGAUCUUCGCGUGAGUCACUAGAGACUAUAAGUGACAUGGGGGAGCCCGCAGGUCGCCGCUGACCGAUGUUUUUAGGAGGUGCCUCUUUGAGACCUCCAGGAGGUGUCCACGAUUUGUCGCAGCAUGGCAACAUACAGGCUGGCCGGGCUCGAAUGAGUGACGGUAGUUUGCAGAUAGGGCUAAUCGACCGUAGGUAGGAGUACUUCAUUCGGCCAGGUUUUGCUUCGCCUUCCUUGCAGAAGAAGGCAUGAAGUCAACCACUUCCAGUUACAGCGAAUUCGGCAAGUGCCAUCUGCAACGCUGGCACUGGCUCUGAGUGGAGGCUUCCUUGAAGUUCCUUCCAACGCCGGCUUUUGAAUUCGGCUGUUGCAUCACUCCCGGCAUUUAUGAUUGGCCUGAUAUCUGUGUUCGAGGAAUGCUGAGUAAGAGCACCUUCAUUCUCAUCUCCCAUGACUCUCAUCAACUAUUCCUGAAGCACCAACUUGCUCAUGUUUGGGAUUAUCCUUACGUGAGGAGCUCUUAGUACUGAGGCAUAUCCUUUCGAUUCGUGUAAUUAGUAAAGUUCAUCAUCCAACUGACAUCUUAUCAAGUGGCGUUGGCCCGCCCCCAUUCUGCCAUUUGCCUUCAACUCAACUACUUACCGUUAGAACAAAUUAAUUUCCCCUGCAGUCUUACCUCCUUGUUUCUGACUAUCUUUAUCUACAUAUUGCUUAAAUCACACUUGAAGACGUGUUCAUCCCAUUAUCGCCAGCAUAUUACGCAGAGAUCCUCCAAUUACUCGGGCUUUUUGACUUGCAAGAAAACCCUCGAGGAUAUACUUGAAGAAUGAUUUUCCUGUCUACUCUCAAGGAUCAGAGCAGACAGAUUUCUAACUUUCAUGUCAGCGUAGGCCACCUUCUCUUCGAUCGUUUCAUAAGAUCCCGGCUCAUUCUAAUCCGGGUCUUUAUUACUGUUCUCCAAGAACAGCUAUAAACUCGCGGAUAACGAGAACAGCACGUGGUGUCUUAUCAGGAAUGAGCAUGCAAUCAAACAAGUUUGUCCAUUUGGAGCUCCACAGACACUCCAAAUCAGAACAGAGCUGAAGAAGGGGGACCAAGUGAUAUAGACAAAAGUAUGGGUAUUGGGCAUCUCCUAGGGCCUCUUGUCAUCGCUUUAGGAAAUCAAUACUCAUUUCCUUACGUAUCCCAUUUAUCAAAACGAAACCUUACUAACAACAUUAACUUUCAAAAUAGUAUCAAGAAACUGCAUAUAGCUACUAUUCACAGCACUGGAGAAUUCUGAAUAGAGCAAUUAAUAAAUUGGUUACAACCUUUACGAAAACAAGUAGGGAACUUUGCC